UAUUGAAGCGUGUAAAAGUGACCUAGGUCAUUGUACUUUAUCUGCCCACUUAAAAUCGCGGGUGAGAACAUGCAUUACGUAAGCUUGCCUUAGGCAUACUGCCAGUAGCUACCGCUAUUAUUUUGCAAAGGGAAGAAAAAACCUUGGAAAAAAAACGUCCCAGACUUUUUUCACCCUUCAUUCCGGCAUCUUAUAAACCACCGCGUAAUUAUAGCUAUGGUUACAACAAAGAGUCGCGCGUCGCAAUUUGCUGAAUGGACAGAACGUCCCGCACAGGACUUCGACCCGGAAGUAGAGGUCCCGGAUGAGGACAGCAGCGGCGGCAGCGAAGCGAGCGCCGACGAAGAUGCCGGCACCGAGCACUACGUCGACGUCGGCAAAAGCAAGCUUCGUCGUAGAGAACCGGUUGCGCUGGGGCCCCAGUACCGAGGCGCUCCGGUGAGACGCUCGGUCCUUGAGGAAGAAGAUGACGAUGGUGAUAGCGAUUCCGAUGAGGAGGAAUCGGAGGGAGAAGGCGAAGAUGCAUCUUUCGGCCGGAAAACAGGGGAAUUCGACGACCCCGAUGAAAUUGAUCUCGAGGCCGACCAGGAGGAUGCCUCUGACGCUGAGAUCGAUAGCAAUGACGCCUUUAACGAGAGCGACGAGGAAAGGUUUAAAGAUUUUGUCUUCCGAGGCAGCUCGCAGGCCUUGCCUAAGAGGGGUAAGAGAGCAACUCAGCCGACUGCCGCAGACUUCAUGAUGUCCGACGAGGAUAACGACAACGAUGAUGGGGCUGAGGUUGAUGGCGAAGGGACUUCAGACGAGGACGUCGAUGACGAGGAAGAGGCGUCCGACGAUGCGGGGAUCGGUGGCUUUAUUAACGACUCGGCCGAAGAAGACGAGGAUGAAGGCAGCGAAGAAGAGGACGACGACGAGGGUGACGACGAUGAGGAUGACAUAGACGAGGAUCAAGGCGAGAAAGAUUCGGGUAAUGACCUGGAAAUAGCCCGCAAAAAUCGUGCAGCAAUCCGAGAGAUGAUGAAUGCGAGCCAACAAGGUGUGGCCAGCACUCUGUCAAGCAUUGCACAAAAGGAUGUUGCCAAGGGGAAAGCAGUUCGCCAACAACAAAAAGCUUUCGAUGCGCUCCUCAACAUUCGCAUCCGACUUCAAAAAUCACUUGUAGCGGUGAACUCGCUCGGCUCCAUCGAGGACUCAGGAGAAGAUCCAGCGCCCUAUGAGGCGGCCGAGGCGGCUGCUCUCAAGCUAUGGAACGCGAUAGAUGGCUACCGCCUAGAUCUCCAGUCGGAUUCUACCGAUAAGACGGGCCAAAAAAGGAAGCGCGCCGCCGAAGCCGAUACCCCAAUUCAGGAUAUGUGGGAAAAUAUGCAGGCCAUCGAGCAGCGCGCGGUUGUCCGCCGGAGGGUGGUUUUGGAGAAAUGGUCACACAGCGCAAAGAACAUACGGAUGACGGAUAAAUCAUCCAGCAGAUUCACCAGUACCGUUGAGAAGUCCCUCACCACGCGGCUAGACGAGGAACUCGACGCUCCAGAGCGGCUCAUCAAAAGAACACGAAUUCCGCGCUCGUGCGCCCCGGCGCAAGUCGCACAGAAAAUUAACGAGGACCCCGAUAUCUACGACGACGCUGAUUUCUACCAACUGCUCCUGAAGGACCUGGUCGACCAGCGAACGGGAGACGCAUCAGGUGGUCUGGGCAGCUCGGCGGCGACGAUCCGGUUCGCGGCAGCCAAGGAGGCCAAGGCAAAGCGACACGUAGAUACGAAAGCGAGCAAGGGCAGGAAAAUGCGCUUCAACGUCCACGGCAAGCUGCAGAAUUUCAUGGCGUCGGAAGACCGCAGGAGCUGGGAGCAGACCGCCAUCGACCGGUUCUUCGGCACCCUCUUCGGCCAGAAGAUGGUGUUAAGCGAGGACCAGGACGAGCACGAAGCAGCUGCAUCCGACGAGGACAUGGGCGGUGCGCCGGUUGAAGGUGACGGGAUCCGACUAUUUAGAGAUUAAUCGAGUUUUUUUUUCUUCUCUGUCUCUCGUGUUUUCGCGGGAUGACGACGGAAACGCCCAUAUUCGCGCGUGUUUCAAAAGAGGAAUGAUUUUCCUUGGAAAUCUCGUAUUCACGAUGCCUAUGCUACACCGGGAUCGGCAUGCAUCCACACUUCGUCUAACACGCGAAUCAGCUGAGCAGAUGGGGGGCUCUCGAAUUGGCGGGCAUGAUAAAUAUUCUCGUCACCCUCUCUUAUCAUUCCCUACUUAUUUGCGUCUGUCGUUCUGGUCUUAACUUGUAGGCCCCCAUACCGCCUCUGCGCAGACCCAUUCACUACCGACCUCAACCGAGAUGAGGGCGCGGCGCUGUGUCCGCCUUAU